AUGAACGUGAACGCCGACGUAACCCGUCUCCUCAGCAUCCUCGCCCAGACCAGCACUACUCACCUCCCCCCACCAGCACCACCAGCACCACCAGCACCACCAGCGCCUCACUCCAGGCCCCAAUUCCCGCCAGCAGUAGACCCGCGGCUCCAUGGCUCGCUUUACCAGCAGCCCCCAGCGCCUAUACCAGUGACGCCGGCGACAGUGACAGUGGUGGACCCGAAGAAUAUCACGGACUGGCCGGCGGCGCUCAAGUAUGUCAUGAACACCAUCUACAGGAACGAGGAGAUCAUGGCGCAGGUCAAGAAGAUGAAGAAGCACCAGCACGACCAUGAGAAGCAGUGGUGGGUCGCGCGAGAGGAACUCGUCAGGAAACAUGAGGCCAGAGUAGAGAGUAACAAGAAGAUCGCCGAACUACUGAAAAAACUCGGUACAAUGCCCACCACCACCAGCAAUCUCCCCACCCCCGAGAGCGAGAAGGAAGAGCUCCGGGUGUUCGACCAGAAGGUGUAUACCCGCAGCGAGGAGAUGGUCAAGCACAUGACCUCCGAGUUUGCCGCGAUGGGCAUCCCGUUCUUCUGCCGCGCGAGCCUGCCGGAGAAGGAGGACGCGGAGCUGCAGGCGCUGAGGAAGCGCGUUGUGGAGCUGCUGGAGGACCUCUGCGAAGGCGAGUAA